UUAAGGGGUUAUAAGAACACGCGUGUUUUGCUUAUUUUUUGCAAUGAAGGUGAAAAGAAGAAAUAAAUUAUUAAAAUAUCUCAAUUAUUACAAGCUAAAUUAUGGCUUUAGGCAGCCGUAUCAGGUUCUUGUGGAUGCUACUUUCUACAAUCAUGCAUGUGAGAAAAAAGUUAAUAUUAAAGAUCAAAUCACAAAUUACCUGAAUUCCGAGGUCAAAUUCCUGACCACCCGGUGCUGCAUUAUGGAGGCUGAGAGCUUGAAGAAGAAAGUCCAGGGACUCAAGGAAUUUGCCCUUCAUCAGUGCACCCACACUGGGGAACGAAUUUCCGGAUCAAAGUGCUUCAAAUCCUUAGCACCAGAGAGUCGCUACAUCAUAGCCACGCAGGAUAAAUCACUUCAGAGUUGGUGCAGAAGACGCCCAGGACAGCCAGUGCUGUACUUCCAUGGUGUGACACCUGUUUUUGAGGCACCAUCGGACGCUACGAAGAAAUCCGUAAAUGACACCCUCCAGAAGCAACUCAAUGAUCUGGGGACACUCAAAGUUGAACCCCCGAAGGUGUUUGUGAAGAAGAAGAAAAAGAUUAAGAAUCCAAAUCCUCUGUCCUGCCCCAAGAAGAAGCGAAAACCUCAGCAACAGAUGAAAAAGAAAAAUCCGGAUGAACCUGAAAAGAAGAAGAGGAAAAGAAUUAAAAUUCCACAGCAUGUGAAGGAGCAACUCAAGGAUUUCAAGACGACAGCAAAAGAUUAGAGAUUGCUUGAGAAAUAUUUUUAUUUUUAUUGAGAAAUAUAAUAAUAAAAUGAUUUAAAUGGAUAA